GCCGCGAGGGGGGCAGCCGCCCCAGACAGGUGAUGGGCGUUUCGGCUGCGCUCCGGAUCGACUCCUUGGGUUUCACUUUGGUCUGAUCUAAGCAAAUAUGCAGAAGUACCGGCUGGUCUAGUCCUAAGAGCCAAGAGGAGCGAGCAAGAGCGGCAGAAAGGAGAGCAGCCACGCUCCCGUAGCGAGGGGAACAUACAAACAGCGGCAGCGCCGUAAUUAAACCACCACCGCCCCGAGGCAGCCCCGACCCACCCUGGAUGCGGAGGACCCCCGAGCCACCCCGCUGCCUUUCCCCUGAGGGAUGGUACUGAAUUCCUGCGCGGCAGGAGCCGGCCUGCAGCUCCUCUCCAUCAGCGUUGCCUUCCCUCCGUGUCUAAAGUGCACUAGACCGAGAUGAGGACCUGGGCUUGCGUUUUGCUGAUAGGUUUUGGCUACCUGUCCUUUACCUUCUGCGAGGAGGCCGAGAUCCCGCAGGAGCUCAUCGAGCGGCUGGCGCACAGCGAGAUCCACAGCAUCCGCGACUUGCAGCGCCUCCUGGAGAUUGACUCCGUAGGAUACGAUGAUGUUUCAGAAACAAACUUGAGAUCCUAUAGUGUUCAUUCUGCUAAACAUGUGCAAGACAACCGUCCUGUGCCCAUUCGCAGAAAAAGAAGCAUUGAGGAAGCCAUCCCGGCUGUCUGCAAAACACGGACGGUUAUAUACGAGAUACCUCGGAGCCAGAUCGAUCCCACCUCCGCCAACUUCUUGAUAUGGCCGCCCUGUGUGGAGGUGAAACGUUGCACGGGCUGUUGCAACACCAGCAGCGUCAAGUGCCAGCCGUCGCGGAUACACCACAGAAGCGUCAAGGUGGCAAAAGUGGAAUAUGUUAGAAAAAAGCCAAAAUUAAAAGAAGUUCUGGUGAGAUUAGAAGAGCAUAUGGAAUGCACCUGUACAUCAUCAAAUACUAAUUCAGAUUAUAGAGAAGAAGAAACUGGCGGGACCGAGGCAUGGAGAAGUGACUGUGCGAGGUCACACAGCAAGGCUAUGGCAGAACCAGGGAGAGGACUCAGGUCUGAGUGCUCAUCCAGUGCCCUAAAUCACACGACCAUCUUCCCUUUCCAAGAAUGAAUCCUUGCACCCUUAGAGCUAAAUACUGAAAAGAUUGAGGCUGCAUUUUUGAGGAGAGCGAGCGAGCGAUGGCUAGGCUUGCAGUAACAUGUUGUGCCGUCAUAAAUGCUACAGCCACCAUCUGUUUCCAGCCCACGACUUGAAAGAAAACUGAGCAGUAAUCUCAUAAUUCACAUGAGCAUUUUACACUUGUGAACCCUUCCCAACCUUUGUCUAAUAAUGAGGGGAGUGCAUGGUGCUAAGGUUUGUAUUUUUCCUGUACCUGUUAGUGUUUAUUUGUAUGUCUCUUUCUGUUUUGUUGGUUUGUUUGCCUUUUUGUUUUUCUUUUUCCCAUUAAAAUAAUUUCUCUGGGAGGAAAAUCAGACCGGUUCCACCAUCAAAAGAAACAUAGUAAAGGUGAAAUCCCGAUUCCAAUGGCCUUGCUGUCAGAAUUCUCCAGGAGAAGGUGCGUUUAACAUUCCUCACCGUGUCUGUCGUUGUCACUUGUCGAUUAAAUAAAGACAGACGUUAGAAAGUGAAGAGGCAGGUUGCUGAGCUGCCCUUUCCCUGCAGAAACGGAGCUGGCAGAAUAGCUGGACAUGCGCAUUUUAAACCUGCACCAUCAGAUCGGAUGGUAACGGUGGGUUGGAUUUUAAUGAAAACAAAUUCUUCUGCUAAUCUUCGCUUCGGGCUGGCCAUCCGUGGGAUUAAGGAAACCACCUGCUGUGCCAAAGACAUGCUCAGGUUGGGGCUGCCGGUGGGUGGGAAGAACACGAACAUCUGAGAGCGACUCUGGUGAGCCGUGGCAGUCUGUCCCGUUGCAGUGCCCUCAGGGAAGCCAAACAGUUGAGAUCAUUGAGUUGAUGGAAAUGCCGCUCCCCUCGGCCUGCAAAGCGCGGCUAACGUCAUUACGGAUUUCGACUGUUCUGCAAAACCAAGGGCUGCUGCUUCUCUGGGCCUCCUCUCGUCUUCGGGCCCUGUUUGCAUGUCUCCUCCCAGCACAGCCGGUCCGGCUGAGCGAACUCCUGCUCUCCUCUGGCCUUACAAACAAUGACUUCCAUCAUCUCGACCAGACUGUAGAGCAGUUUUAAGGAUGAAAGGGCUUCUUAUUUCAUAUAUCCCACUGCUGCUAGACUGUAAAUCCUUUAUGGACUGAGUUUAUAGCAAACUGCUACUGCAAGUGAGUGAAAUUUAUUUUGUGUUGUCAUAUGUAUGGUCAAACUGUCUAGGAAGUUGCCAAAGAAUUGAGCUGCUGAUGGACAACCAAUUCAUUCUCUUCUCAUUUUAUUUAAAAAUAAUAAAUAACUGUCAAUCACGUGAA